AUGCAUCGGGAAAAUUGUUUCAAACAUGAAAAAAUAAUCGGAAUGCAUUUAUCAAAAGCAGCCCUAAGUGAGACGAAAGAAACAAUCAAAGACGAUGCACGUCUCGAAGAACUCAAUGCACUGAAAGAAAAAUCUGAAAUUUCCAAAAUAAAGCAAGAUUUCACUGAAGGAAAAUUAAUGAAGGACAUGGAGGGAAAAGUUUUUGAUGAAGAACGAGAACAGAUAUUUGCUCAAACGAAGGAACAAUACGCAAAAUUCAAAGACGCAUUCGAAAAAAUGCCUAAAAAGAUGGAACAAGAUUUGGAGGAAAAGCUGAAGGCUAUUGAAAAAGAAUUAAGUGGUGUGGGUAAAGAAACUCUUGCGAAUAUCAAAGAAGCAUUUGAGAAUCCACUGGAGAUACAAGGAAUCGAAAAGGAGAAAAUUGUGGUUGAACGUUCUGAAGCCGACAAAAAAAGAAUUUUGAAUACUUUUAUCAAGCCUGAAAUGACAGCUGAUGAAGCACCUCGUGAAUGUGCUAUAUGUUCAAAAAUUGUUUAUCCAGUUGAACGAGUUUUUGUUAAUAAAUGUCUUUAUCAUCAUGCAUGUUUCAAAUGCAUGAAAUGCGGAAAGCGAUUAACUUAUCAAAAUGAAUAA